AUGUCGGUCUUGUAUCCCCCCAGGGAAGGCAUCACUCUUGAAUACCUCUUCAGACCCGUCCACCAUGUGUUGCUGCAGCCAGUCAUCCCUGCUGCCCUGCUUCUGCUGCACCUGAAAUUCCCCGAGGCUAUCCAGAGGGCUCUUUCGUUCAUGACAACGAAGGCCGUUCAAUCCACCUUGAUCGACCGCGCUCUGGGGGGAUUCCUCACAUUUGCUGUCCUGUACAGACUGAACAGCUACCUCAGCCGGCGAGUGCUCAACAACUUUGUGAAAGACCCGUCAUGGGACUGGGAACGUGAAAUCGUCCUGAUCAGUGGCGGCUCCUCCGGUAUUGGGCAGGAAAUGGUGCGACAGUUUGGCGAACGCAACAUCAGCGUUGUGGUUGUCGAUGUGCAGCCUCCCACAUCACCAUUACCCAAAAGUGCCACGUUCUACAAGACUGACGUGACCUCGUCCCAAAAUAUUCGAGAUGUGGCUGCGAGAAUCCGUAAGGACGUUGGUGACCCAACGGUGCUCAUCAACAAUGCGGGCGUUGCAAAUGGGAAAACCAUUCUUGACGAAACCGAGGAGCAGCUGCAACGCACCUUCGACGUCAAUAUUCUGGCCCACUUCAAAAUGGUCAAGGAAUUUCUGCCGGCCAUGGUCAAGAACAAUCAUGGCCAUGUGGUAACCAUUGCGAGCAUGUCGAGCUUUGCGACAUGGGCCGGCGUGACCAGCUACGCGGCGUCCAAAGCAGCAGCACUGGCGUUCCAUGAGGGAUUGGCGCAAGAGCUGCGGGCGAGAUACCGUGCUGAUAAAGUCCGCACCACGAUUGUGCAUCCCGUGUGGGUACGGACGCCCCUUUCUCAGGGCUUAGUCCAGGAAACAGCUUCGAAUCAAUUUAUGCUGGAACCGGGGACAGUGGCAGAGGCAGUUGUCUUGCAGGUGCUCAAAUGUGAAGGUGACCAGCUUAUCCUCCCAGCACGGUUCAACUUCGUGCCAUUCAUCCGAGGCUGGCCGAGCUGGUUGCAGGAGAGCGCCCGGAGUGAUGGUGCACAGGUCAUCCAAGGUGGUAACUGA